GGGCGCCUGUUUCCGGGGGGAGCUUGGAGUCCGAGGUCAAAGUCCGGUGCGCUGGGAAGCCGGCUUCCGGAGUCCGCUGCCGUCUCCGGGGCUUAGCGGCGUGGGAGCGGUGGUAGCGAUGAGGCAGAAGCAUUACCUUGAGGCUGCGGCGCGACAACUCUACGAGAGCUGUCCGGGCCAGGCCCGGUAUCUCCUCUGGGCCUACAGUUCGUCACACGAUGAUAACAACACUUUUGAAGGAACAUGUCCAUACUGUUUCCAGUUGCUGGUCUCGGAUAACUCUCGAGUGCGCCUCAAACCGAAAUCCAAACUAACACCCAAAAUACAGAAACUUCUUAACCGAGAGGCAAGAAAUUGUACACUCAAUUUUAAAGAAGCAAAAAUUGUGAAAAAAUACAAAGACUCCAGAAGUGUAUUGUUGAUUACUUGUAAAACCUGCAACGGAACAGUUAAACAUCAUGGUAAAAGUAGAAGCUUUCUAGCCACACUGAAGAGCAGUCCUACCACUCCUACGACUAAACUCAGCCCAAAGACACCAGAGAGAAAGACUCCGAGCUCCACAAACCUAAAUCACACGCGUGGUUCCAAAGGCAAGAGGCCAGCCUUUGCAUUCGGGACACCGACAUCUGGACAGUCAACACCCACCUGCUCAAAGAGUGUGAGCAAAACUAAGAAACACUUCUCUAAAUUAAAAUUGUUGCUUAGUCGGAGUGAAUCCCAAAAGAAUUCAAAGGUGGACUUCAGAAAUUUCUUACUGUCUUUGUAAAGGAUAGUCUGUGAAAUAAAUGUUUUGUUUUGUUUUGUUUUUUUAACGUUUAUUUACUUUUGAGAGAGAGAGACAGAGCUCAAGAGGGGAAGGGCCAGAGAGAGAGGGAGACACAGAAUCUGCAGCAGGCUCCAGGCUCUGAGAUGUCAGCACAGAGCCCGACGCGGGGCUUGAACUCACGAACCGCGAGAUCAUGACCUGAGCCGAAGUCGGACGCUUAACCACCUGAGCCACCCAGGCGCCCCUGUGAAAAUAAAUGUUUAAUACAACUCUGAAACUAAAGUUAGUCACAAAAACAUCUUUUCUAAAACUUUGAUUAUUUAAAUACAUGGAAACUAAGGUCCAAGAGCAAACUUCUCUGGGCUCUUUUCAAUGUUGAUGGAGAAAAUGCUUCAUUAAAAUUAAUAACUGAAACCUGUCUACUUCACAGGGUGGCUGUGAGGAUCAAAAAUAUAUGAAAGGUCCUUGUCAAUAGCAAAGAUAUUAUGGACAUUGAGUGAUUAUUAUUUUCUCUUCCCUUAAUUAGCAGUUUUCUUUCGUAAGGAAAUUGAGACCUUUAUGAAAGGGCCUACUCCUUUCUAGGUGUCUAUCGUUGCUAAUUCGGGAAAAGGAUCAAGUGUCCUUGUUUUCCACAAUCAUCUGCAUAACUGUAUUAGAAGAGCUGAACAUGAUUCUUGUUUUGCAUGCAAAAGUAAAUAUAUGGAACAUUCUUGAUUCUAAAUCAUUCAUAUACACAAAAUUUCAUUUUUACAGAUUUGUUGUUCCUAGUAAUAUCCUAGUAAUAUUUUAUAAUGUGUGGCAUUUCAUUUGCUUUGGUGAAGACUUAUUUCUGUGCCUAAAAUUUACAGCAGAAUUAUAACAUAGUAACAGUUUAGCUAUCUUAAACCUUUUCUGGAACAUAGAUAUACCACAAUGAAAGGCUGGGGUUGUAUUCAACCUGUCUUUUAAAAAUUCUUUAAAUAAAUAAUUUAGAUACUUUAAACUAUAAACUGUUUCCAAGCCUCUCUGCUGCUUAAAAAUUUUAAACUUAAGUUUCUCCCAUGAGCACUUGGCAGACUGAAAGACCAAGGUUAUUAAUGAAUUGGUCUUAUAUGAAGUGAAAUUAUACUAACUAGUGCCAGCGUCAGAGAGGGAUGGCAAGAGUCAUCAUUUUGAACUUCUUUAGCCAUAGGGAGGCUGGACCUUCCCUUUGUGUCCAGGGCACGUAGCACAAUACUUUGGUCAUGGUGCUUUACCUUUCUGGCUAACUUCUCACUGGAACAUGUUUCUCUUCUUGCUCUUGCUUCCUUACCACUAUUCCUGAUCACCCAUAGUGAGCUCUUUGUAGUUCUUAGAACAUAUCAUUUCUCGUCAGCUUUGGGCCUUGGCAUGCUUUUGCAUACUGUCCUUCACUCCAACCCCACUGCAUUAUGAGGGGCCACUCUUAUAAAAGUGGUGACCCGGUAGUUUCCUGUUUCUGAUUGUGUCCUCAACUGCCUGUGAGCUCUUUGCAGGCCUGGAUGAUCUCAUUUGAUUUGCCCCUAGCACAUAGCACAAGUUUUCCAAAUAUCCCUAAGCCACCACAUUUACAUUUGAAUUCCUUACCAGGUUUAGAACUAAGGUCCUUUUAAUCACAUGACUGGGAAAUGGAUAAGAAGUAGUAAAAGUAGGGGCACCAGGGUGGCUCAGUCGUGUCAGACUCUUGGUUUCAGCUCAGGUCAUGAUCUCAUGGUUCAUGGGUUUGAGCCCCACAUCAGGCUUACUGCUGACAGCACGGAGCCUGGAGCCUGCUUCGGAUUCUGUGUCCCCCUCUCUCCCUGCCCCUCCCCUGCUCACACUUUGUCUCUCAAAAAUGAAUAAAUGUUAACAUUAAAAAUAAAAAGUAGUAAAA